AUGGCCGAACCGUGCAGUAGCAGCAGCAGUGACCUGAUCGCCUCAGACGAAGGACAGUUGGCUCAAUUGCUGGAUCAGGAUCAACAACAUCCAGCCGUCGACGACACCAACGACGACACUCUUCUAGCAAACAUGGAGGCCUGCUUCAAAGCAUUCGAUAAAGACAGUGACGGUUUGAUGACGUUGUCCGACUUUGCCGCCCUGUGUCGUACUCUAUUCCGCAAUGAGCAGGGCAAAGCUUACGCCAUCGAGGAAAGUCGGCUCCAGGAAAUGUUUGACGUCUUUGAUCGAAACCAAGACGGUUAUGUGGAUUUCCAAGAGUUUGCCUUCUGCUGGAAGCAUUGGAUCAAGCCCAUCGUUCGUCCCGUGAGCGCUUUGAUUAUCGUCGACGUUCAAAAUGAUUUCAUUACCGGAUCUCUGUCCAUAUCCCAAUGCCCAGCUCAGCAGAAUGGUCAAGACGUCCUAAAACCUACCAACAAAUUGCUGGAAACCGUACCGUUCGAAGUGGUUUUUUACUCCCUCGACUGGCAUCCCGACAACCACGUUUCGUUCAUCGAGAACGUUGGCAAACGUAAACUUCACUCAUCCAGCCAAAAAAAAGCGGAAGAAGCGGUAACGUACGACACGGUAGUCUUCGAAGGGCCUCCCUUGAACGAACAAAAACUAUGGCCGAAGCAUUGCGUGCAGAAUUCGUGGGGAGCUGAGCUCCAUCCAGCCAUGAAGAUACUGGAAAAUGGAAUACUAGUCCACAAAGGAGUUCAUCCGGAUAUCGAUUCCUAUUCAGCUUUCUGGGAUAACAACAAAAUGUCAAAAACGGACCUAGGUUCUUUGAUGCAAAAAAAGAAAAUUACAGACCUGUACGUUUGCGGACUCGCCUACGAUGUUUGCGUCGGCGCGACAGCUAGGGAUUCUCUAGAACAUGGCUACAGGACGAUCCUAAUAGAUGACGCCAGCCGGGGAAUAUCUGUCGACGACAUUCUCCACACUCGUGACAUCAUAACCGAGAAGAAUGGUCUUGUCGUUCACUCAUCACAGGUGAAGGAUAUGGUUGAGGGUCGUGACCGAAGGCCGGAACUUGGUUAUUUUCAAGCUAUGCGUCUACGUCAGAUGCUGCCACAGAAUGGCGGAAUAAGAGAUCCCAGUCCAGAUGACAAUGCCUCACCUCGCGAUUCCGUCAUCUUUCUGACUUAGCCAGCUCCAAUGCAAAAACAAUUCCUGAAUGCUGGUUUUAUACCAUAAAUAAGUAAAGAUCUUCACAUUUGAUUUCAUUCAGAUGAACUUACAAAAAGAUUUCAAUGAUUUGUCUCAGCAAGCAAUUCAAUAUGAUCUGCUUAAGAAUAGUAGUAUCAGUUGACACAAGCAAUCUAACUGGCCACCUCAUAUUUCAUACCUCUCUUGUUGCAGCUCCCACAUUCAACGUUUCUUUUUUCAUAUUAUAACCAACAAUUUCAAUCACAACUUGUAGACAAUUUUGAGGCACAGUAAUUAUCAAUGCAUAAUCCCUAUAACCAUUUCUAGUCCGUCCUGUAAAGUGUGAAAAAGUGAUAUUAUUCAUCCUCAUUGAUUGGUUUUCAAAUUUAGGUUACAUGCAAUCUGGUUCAUUUUCUUUGGUAUCACGUUGGGGGUAAAGUCUGCAGUCUGACACCAUUCCGAUCCGGUAAAAAUGUUGAUAGAAUGUUUAUCAAUAUUCCCUACCAAGCUGUAGCCUGUGGGUAAUACGUUUAGUCAUGAAUCAAUUCCACUGAAUUCAGGUUUUGAUAUAUCUUUCGCACGUGGUUUUGGGUGUUGCAUAAUACAGUUUACUUGAACAGUU